AUGCGUUUGAUUCUAAACAGUUUCACUUUUGCCAUUAUCCUAACACCGUUGGUUUUUUCAUCACCCGUCUCACUUGGCGAUGGUUUUUAUUUACCAACAUUAGAAAAUAUUGAAAUUCAUAUUGAUAAUUUAUGGGCAAACUUUAAAAAAGGCUAUAAUAUCGGAUAUAAUGCAACAGCAGAAGAAAUUCAUCGCUUCAAAAUCUUUGCUAAUCAUGUUAAAAUGAUCAUUAAACAUAAUGUUGAACAUGACCUUGGUUUACAUACCUUUCGACUUGGUAUCAAUAAAUUUGCUACAUUGACUAAUGAAGAAUUUCGUCAACAAUACAAUGGAUAUCGUCGUCCAAAAGAUUCACGUAAACAAUAUUCUGAUAUUCGUCAUUCACAUAUUUUUUCUGCAUCUUAUACAACUCUUCCGGUAUCAAUUGACUGGCGUGAUCGCGGUAUUGUAACACCAGUUAAAGAUCAAGCACAAUGUGGUUCGUGUUGGGCAUUUAGUACUACUGGCGCACUCGAAGGUUUUCAUGCACGCUCAAGUGGUAAAUUGGUUAGUUUAAGUGAACAACAGCUUGUUGAUUGUUCAUCACAUUGGGGCAAUAAUGGAUGUAAUGGUGGUUUAAUGGAUAAUGCAUUUAAAUAUGUACAUGAAAAUAAAGGCAUCGACGAUGAAAGCACAUAUCCAUAUGUCGGAAAAGACGAAGCGGCAUGCAAAUUUCGUCGAAAAUCGGUAGCUUCAACAUGCGAUGGUUUUGUUGAUAUUCCACAAGGGAACGAAACAGCAUUACAAGAAGCUUUAGCUUUUCAAGGUCCAGUUUCGGUUGCUAUUGAUGCUAGUCAAGAAUCAUUUCAAUUCUAUGUUUCGGGUGUCUAUGCGGAUGAAAAAUGUUCAUCAGAAAAUCUUGAUCACGGCGUCUUGGCUGUUGGCUAUGGUGUUACUAAUGAUCCUGUUAAAGGUCAACAAGAAUAUUAUAUUGUUAAGAAUAGUUGGUCAGCUGCUUGGGGCGAUAAAGGAUUCAUAAAACUUGCUCGAAAUAAAAAUAAUAUGUGUGGCAUUAGCAGUGCUGCUAGCUAUCCGAUAGUCAAAGAUCAACCGGUACACACUAAAGUCAUUAAUUACUAA